ACCGUCUGCGGCUUGCAGUACCGGGGGUAGGGCUCAGCCCCAGAGGGCCGCACCACCGCCUCAGCGCCGGUGCAGAGUAGAGUUCAGGGGAGAAGCGGCGAUGCGGUCUGUUAAACGCCAGCGUUGCGCCCUGAUGCCGUCGUGGAAACUGCGCUGUUCGGUGGGGCACUGAGCGGCAGCUUUCUUGACAAUCAUCCUUCACUUUAUAUUCAGGCCGUCUUCCCAGCUCCAGCUUCAGUUGCUGCCCCAAAACUAGCGCUUCUCCCCGUGACAAGACUCCUCGGUUUCACAGCAGUUGGCAGCUUUCUUCUGGGCUCCGAGGACAACACGGGGCCACUGUGAAAAUGCUGCGAUACUGGGGUGAGAUUCCGGUUUCAUCUAACCAGGCCAACCGCAGCUCCUUUGACCUGCUUCAGCGUGAGUUUCGCACUGUGGAAGUCCAGGAUCCUCCGUUGCACCAGCCAUCUGCGAACAAACCCCGGCCGACCACCAUGCUGGACAUCCCCUCGGAGCCCUGCAGCCUCACGAUUCACACCAUUCAGCUCAUCCAGCACAACAGGCGGCUGCGCAGCCUGAUUGCCAUGGCUCAGGCUCAAAACCAGCAGCAAGCGGAGGGCAUAAAGACUGAAGACAACGAACCUCUGCCAUCUUGUCCGGCCUCCCCACCUCUCCCUGAUGACCUGCUUCCUCUGGAUAGCAAAACCCCCAAAAUGCCAUUUCAGCUGAGGCACAGUGACCCAGAGAGUGAUUUCUACAGAGGAAAAGGGGAGCCAGUGACUGAGCUGAGUUGGUCCUCCUGCCGGCAGCUUCUCUACCAGUCAAUGGCCACCAUCCUGGCUCACACAGGCUUUGAGUGUGCCAAUGAGAGUGUCCUGGAGACCCUGACAGACAUUGCCCACGAGUACUGCUUGAAGUUCACCAAACUGCUGCGCUUUGCUGUGGAUCGAGAAGCUCGACUUGGGCACACCCCCUUCCCUGAUGUCAUGGAGCAGGUCUUCCAUGAAGUGGGCAUUGGCAGUGUGCUCUCGCUGCAGAAGUUCUGGCAACACCGCAUUAAGGAUUAUCACAGCUACAUGCUUCAGGUUAGCAAACAGCUCUCUGAAGAGUAUGAGAAGAUUGUCAACCCUGAAAAGGCAGCAGAAGACACAAAGCCUGUGAAGAUUAAGGAGGAACCUGUUAGUGAUAUUACUUUCCCCAUAAGUGAGGAGCUGGAAGGAGAUCUGGCAUCUGGUGACCAGUCUUUGCCUGUUGGAGUCCUUGGAGCUCAAAGCGAGCGCUUCUCUGCCAACUUGGAAGUAGAAGCUUCCCCACAGACUUCAGGGGCUGAGGUGAAUGCUUCCCCACUCUGGAACUUGGCACAGGUAAAAAUGGAGCCACAGGAAAAUGAGGAGGCUAAUGUACAUGGCCACGGGGUCUUAGGCAGUGAUGUCUUUGAGGAACCGAUGUCAGGCAUGAGUGAAGCUGGGAUGCCACAGAGCCCCAAUGGUUCUGAGAGCAGCUAUGGUUCUCAUUCUGCUGACAGUCUGAUGGGAUCCUCGCCUGUCUUCAACCAGCGUUGCAAGAAAAAGAUGAAGAAGAUGUGAAAAGAGACAGUCUUUUUAUUUAAUCCUGAUGGUAUGUAAUAGACUUGAAAUGAACUAAGAGAGCACUAUGAUGGCUAUGAUUCAUAAACAGGGCUGGCCCUGGUGUACGAGGGACUUUGAAUAAAAUUAUUAUGAGACAUUUGAUGUGUAGUGCACUUCAGCUCCCUUCUUUGCUGGCUUUUGUACUCCAUCCUGACUCAGGGUAUUGAAGAUCACUCUAUACAUUUGAUGGUGUCAUGGCUUGCUUUGGCAGGUUAAUGAGAAAGUUGCUGGUGGAAAUUAGUUGUGAGGAGAUUUGCUAAGCCAUGGAAUCAUUGAAUAACUUAGGUUGGAGGGAUGUCUUGAGGUUUCUAAUCUCUAGUUCAGCCCCCUGCUUGAAGCACAGCCAAUUAGAUCAGGUUGCUCAGGGCCUUUUCCAGUUGAGUUUUGAAUAUCUCCAAGGAUGGUGGUGCCAAACCUCUUUGGGUGUUUUUCCCAUAUUUGACUACCCUCAUAGUAAGAAAAAAUAUAUUCUUGCAUCCAGUUGGAAUUUCCCAUGUUCUAACUUGUGUGCAUUGCCUCUGUUCUGUCAUUGCUCAUCUCUGAGAAGAGUCUGACUCUGUCUUCUCUAACCUGCCCGUUAAGUGGUUGUAUACAAUGAAAUCUCUCUUUAGCCUUUUCUCUUAAGUCUGAAGAAACCAAGCUCCCUCAGCCUCUCCUUGUCCUGUGUUCCAGCCUCCUAACCAGCUUCGUGGCCUUCCACUGAAAUUGCUGCAGUGCCCUUCUUGUAAGGGGGAGCACAAAGUGGAUGCAAUCCUCCAGAUACAGCCUCACAGGUGCUGAAUAGAGAAAUAAUUUCCCUCAAUGUGAUGGCUACAUUCUUGCUAACUGUUGUGGGCAACAAGACAGUCUGAAGUCAGGGUAUUUCACUGGUUGGGGAGCUGUUGCUGCUGCUGCUGACCUUGCAAAGAUGCUGUGAAGUGGCCUCACAAUGCCAUCAGCCAUCUCCUUUAGUGCCUUCAGAUGUAUCCUGUCUGGUUCUGUGGACUUAGGUAUGUCCAAUUGGCUUAAGUUCUUGCUAACUCGAUCUUCCUUGGCUGUAGGCAAUACUCUGCUAGUAGACCAAGGAACCUGGCAGGCCUGAAGGCAGACCUAACCAGUGAAAAUGGGCGAAAAAGGGGUUGAGUACAUCAGCCUCAAAAUGUGUCUUUUGUCACCAGAUUACCUGCUGAACAGUAAACCCAUGCUUUCUUUAACCUUUCUUUUGCUUUGAGUGUACUUAAAAAAGCCCUUCACAUUUCACCAAUUUCAAGUCCAAUUGAGCCUUGGCUUUCCUAACUGUCCCUGCAUGCUUGGGCUGUGUCUGUAUAACCCUCCUGCCCAGCCCAUCCUCACUCCCACUCCCAUGUACUUUUUUCUGUGUGUUUGAGCUCAGUCAGGAGUUUCUUGUUUGUACUGGCCUUCUGUCAUGCCUGCUUUACCUUCUGCUCGUCAGAAACAACUGUUCUACUUUGAGCUGUCUUUGAAGAUAAUGCAGCACUUUUGGGCCCCUUUGGGAGGCUAGGGCAGUCCCCCGUGAGAUCCCGCCAAGGCGUUCCUUAAAUAAACCAAAGGUCCAGGACUCUGUUUGCCUUGUACACAUUUCUCAGGAUUUUACAUGCCACAAUUCCAUGUCUGCUGCAGCCAAGACCUUCACGUUCUGCACCAAUUCUUCCUUGUUAGUAACAAAGCCAGUAGAGCUUCUUCUCUAGUUGAUUGUCUAGUCAGGGAAGUUGAUGUGGUUUUCUGGAGAGAAUGAAGUGGCUUUUACUGCUGGUGUGAGCCAGUACUGCCAAUGCAAACUUUUUCUUUGCUCUUAUUGGAUUGAGUGCAGCAACUUCAGGCUGGCUGAGGUUUCCUAUUAAAGUUGUUAUCUUGACAACUUAGUCUGAAAGAGAAUCUAUUUUGCUGCUUGCUUUUAUGGCUCAGCUGACUGAUGGCAUUUUUUUUUUUUGUUCUGCACAAUCCUCGGUUGAUCAACUCAGUCUUUAACUUGAUUCAGUGAGUAUCUCUCUCAAAAAAGCUAGAAUGAACAUGAAUCAAGAAUGAACAGCCACUUAAACUGGCUUUAUACCUGUAACCCAUUGGGAUGUUUGAGGGAGAUUUACCAAACCUCCCAUUUGUCCUUACAAUUGCAAGUUUAUCUUUUGAAAGAAUGAGCUCCAGGCAUAGUAUUUUCAGUUUUGUAUAACAUGCCUAGCCUUAAUUCUUUUUUCCUAACUGUAUUUCUCUUCCACUUUAUAGAAGUGGAAGCCAAACAUAAAAUUCCUCAAUGUCUAGUAAGAAUGUGUGACCACAGGCUUUUAUGGACAUUGGAGUUAAAAUUGUCCAUCACAGUUCUAAAGGUUUCUCCUGGGGGGUAAAUUCUAGCUAUUUGAAGCCUAGUCAGUAGUAGAACAGUGGACCAGUGUAUCAGGAAAUCUUUAUUUUUAUUCCCUUUGAGUCACCAUUAGGCAUGCUACGAUGUUCCUGUUUUCUCAGCUGUAAAAAAAGAGAAUAGUAGUAUUUGCCUCUUAAAAGUAUGUUAGAGAUUUAGUUACUAUUCAGAAAAGGCACCAUGAUUCUUCAGAGUGUUUUGUGAGAUUUGGGAGCUUUUCUUCCAUUUGGGUAGGACUGUUGCUGGCUGGAGAAUGCUUAGAUGGACACAUAAUGUUACUGAUCUAUGUGUUACUGGUUUUAAGCAAAAACUACUUAUGAAGAAAUACAGCAGUUGUGCUGUUCAACUGCCCAGGUACAAGGAAGGUGUUUGGGGCGAUAUCUUCUCACUCAGCUUUAGAUGUCUGCAGCUAAAUUUGUUCCUCUGGGCCCUGUUUGCAGCUGAAGAGGAAUGAAAUAGUCAUUCUUAAGUCACUGUUCACCUGGCCUUGAAGUAGGAGCAGGUCAGAUGAACAGCAUUUUUAGAAAUGUCUAUUUUUCCUUUGUGUGCCCAUAAAGUGAGUUUAACUUGACUACCUCAGCUGAAGACAUCCACACCAUCAGUGUCUGAGUUAAGUGACCUGACUUUAGCCCUUCCUGUCUGGGAAUCAGAGGAGACUUCCUCCUGCUAGGCCGGUGCUUUUUCUUUUCUACGCAUUUUGUUGAGCUUGCCACUGAAAUGGUAGUACUGGACUAAAAGCAGACUGCCCAUCUUACCUAAACCAGAAGAUCUUACUUAAACCAGCAGAUCCAGUGUUCUCCACAACACAGAAUGUGCUAGGCCAGGGCCUCAAGACUGAGCUUGAUUUGGCCUUUGUGUCUUUGGGUGUGAGAACACCUGUCACUGGGCCUUUCUCCGCAGAUGCCUUGCAAACCUGUUGUAGUAAAGUAUUCUUGAGGACAGGGCACUUGAGUAAAGUCCCUUGUAUGCUAUUCUCAGGAGCUGGAGGACAGAGUGGCUGCUGCCAGCAUCACUUCCUCAUUUGCAAGAUUUCAAGUGGGCUAAAAAUGAAAAUCUGCUGUGUUCCAGGACGUUUAAGACUCCAAAGCAUCAAUCUUAAGUGAUUUCUUUGUAUUGCUGUUGUACAGAUGUUAUAUUUUACUUGUAAUGGUGUUUUUGUAUUUCACAUCCCUUUUCCACACCCAUUUCACCCUGUAACACACACUUAGCCAGAAGUCAGACCUGAGUGCUUCAAGUAUAUUUAAAUACAGUGGAAAUUCACCCUCCAUUGAUUUCAGCUGUGUCGUUGCAGUGUAGGAGAGAAGUGUUAUUGAUUCUUUUUAGGAUGCAUGUUUAUGCAGAGAUGGGAAAUGCAUCAGAAUUGCUUGUACAUUUAAAAAUGAUGGCAGAGUAAAAUCUGUACCUCCUGUUCCCCCUGUUACGCCAGGUGUUGCUUCUGACAUUUGUGUGCUUGACGGUUCCUUUUAUACAUGUGGAAGCUUUACCUCCUGGGUGAGCCCUUCCCCUCUUAACGUUUACUGUCCUUAGAAUUACAGUGGUGUUCAUCAUGCAUGAAAUAGUGACAUUUCAAGUCUAGCUCACGAAGUCAGGUACAGACAAUAUGCUUUUCUGAGGAAUCAAAUAAGAUUUUGCUAUGUGUUAAUGCAGCCUUGGGCAACUAGUGAGGAGUUCAUUGACCAUGUAAUCCCCAAAUUUCAAGCCACAGAUUACGCAGUAGGUUGGAAUAAAGCUCAUCUCUCGCAGUUGUAAAUUUUUGCUGAUCGCUAGUAAAGUGUUCUGCUGACCCACCUGCUUCAGUAGUCUGCAAUUUUGUUGGUACUUUCAUCUUUCUCUGUUCUCUUCCCAAAGCUGGGUAGAUGGCAAAUUAGAAUAUUGGGUAUUGACCAUGUCCAUAUCCAGUAGCAUUGAUGUCUUUAGUGAUUUAUUUUGCCAUGAUUGAAAUUGGUGGAAACUUUGAUAUCAAUUUGGAGAGCAAGAUCUGUGAAUUACUUGGCUUUUGAAGUGUUUUGCAUGAGAAUCAUACAGGAUUGUAGUUGAGAGCGUGCUGUGUAUCAUACUCCUUUUUCCCUCUAGCAAUACCUUUUUAUUCCUUUUGAAGAGUUUUGCCUGCUAUCCAACAAAGUUCACUCUAUAAAUGGCAGUGUAGCAGCUUUAGUAUACAGUUGUAUGUCAGACUGUGCUACCUAGUGAUUUAAUUCCAAGACCAUCCAUACUAAUUUGAAUAUGCAUAAUGCUGUGCAGAAAAAGAUAUGUUUCCUGCAUAGAAAUUUACAAUUUAAAAAGAAAAUGGGAAAAUAAGAUUAGGUAGGGUAGGUGAAGCCAAUCUGAUUAUGUGCUCAAUUCUGAGACUAAUGUACAUGUUAUGCGUGAGGGAUGUUUUACUUAAAAUGUUUUUGUACAUGUGUGUGAAUGAAAUAUGUAACUUUGCUUGUGUUUACAUGGAACAAAAUUGUUUGGAAAUAUUUCAGGAUUGUUUUUUUUGCCUUUCUCUCCUGGAGAGAGUUUCUGUGUAAAUUCUAACAAAAUAAAAUUAAAAAAUUAUUCAGAAAUAAAAAUCCUAAA